UUAUAUUCCUCCGUCGCCACGUUGCCCGUUCCACCGUUACUGUAGCGCUCGCCACGCAGGCAGUUACAAAAACUCGCUGUUUCGAGUUUAAUUUUGACUCGCUCUUUUCUUAUUCCCUCGUAACUUCACCCGCUAUUGCGCGAAGAAUGAAAACUCCCGCGAAGCCCUAGACACUAGAGGUAGCCAGCUAAAGCUACUUCUCCACCUUCCCGCCUCACUUCUGCUCGCUCUGCUUCCUCCCUUCCAUCUCCGUUUCGUUUCCCGGCAAAUCUGGGGCAAAGGUGUGAACUUUUGGUUCCUUUCUUUUCCUUGGGUGUAGUUCCCCUGCGUUGGUUUUACAAAAAUCGAGUGAGAGAGCUGCGGAAAGGAAUAAAUAGCUGUAAUGGGUCGAGCGAGAACUUGACUUUGUUGGUUAAAGGUCAAUUCUUUUUCAGGUUGUCACAGUAAGAACGUAGUUGAUUAGGUUUAGAUGGGGCCACAGUAAAGUUGCGAUCUUUCAGUGUAGUAUUAGUAUUGAUGGUUUGAGAAUUUCGAGUUUUAGGGUUUGGUUUUCACUAGACGGCCAUAGUGAUUGGACAUUUUGUUACCUGCAUUUGCGUUUGGUUCCUCAAUUCCUACUGCCGUUGCAACUCCUUUGGUUUCAAUUUCAUGAACGAACAGUUAGCAAGGCGGGUGGCAAUCUUGUCUUUAAUGUCUAGUAUCUGAUUCGAGACACGGCGAUGAAUGCUGAAAUGGAAAGCAAAACUCCAAAGCUUGAAGUGUUGGCGGGAAGUGAACCGGUUUCGAGGUGUAAUGAGUCAGAAGAGAGGAUUAAGAAUGCUGAAGCGAGGAUUAGAGGAUUGGAAGCAGAGAUUGAGAUACGGAAGAGCGAGUAUAAAGAACUCGAAGGGAAGUAUAAGGCUCUGGAGCUUAGAAAGUUGGAAAUUGAAGAUGAACUCAAAUCUUUGAAGGCAAGAAAAGUGGAGGAGGACGAUGAUGAGCUUUUUCAGCUCAAGGUUGAGAAUGUUACCCUGGAAUGUGAGAAGAAGAAGGCUGAAAAUGUGGUCGAAGUUUGGAAACGAAAGUACCAAGAAUUGAAGUCUAUGGUGGGAAAAAUUAGCAACGAAGUUGGAGAUGGACAUGUACCUGCUGCUGGAGCUACUUCUGACGUUUCCAAAACACCUUGUAGCAAUCUGCGAAGCAAUGGCGAGUCCCUUUUUGGAGGACAGAAAUCCAGAGAGAGAAGUGGUACACAAUCUAGAAGACAUCUAUUAUUUGAAAAAGAAAAAGAUUCCUCCAGGAAGAUGGCUCCAACAACUCCUACAGAUCCCAAAGGUAAUGGGUCUGGCAUCAUUAAUAUAGAUGACAGUGAUGAUGAACCUAAUAACAGUGAUGAAAAGGAGAAAUCACCAGAAACCAGUUUGAAGAGCAAAGUUAAUGAUCUUAGCCUUGACGAUGAUAUGGAUGUGUGCAUUGGUAGUAAUCCGGGUGCCACUACUCCCAAGAGGAAGAGAACUGCGAAUGUGGUUGCUAGUGAUAGUGAGAGUGAGGAUGAUAACGUUCCACUAGCUCAACUGAAGGCAAAACAUUUUCGCAAAGUGACCUGUGAUGCAAAGCACUUGUCUAAGGCUGCUUCACCUUCUGCAAGUGGCGAUGAUGUGAGAGACACUGUGACCCCUCGUAGGCGGCGGUUAAAGAGAAUGGGUGAAUCUAGAAAAAAAUCUGAUUCUCAACAGCAUGCUUCAAGUGAGACUACUUACAGGAGCAAAUCCGAACGAGGAAUUCCUACGACAGCGGAUGGUGCUGAAGACAGUACAACAGAUGAAGAAGAGGGCUCUGGCAGUUCAGAUGACAGCAUGAAGGACUUUAUCAUUGAGAGUUCUGAUGCCUCACUUUCUGAUGGUGGUGACACCUGUUCAACGGAAGGCAGUGCUGAUAUCGGAAUGGAAAUGAAAGACAUCGUGUCUAAGCUUCAAAGAAGCAGGAAUCAGAAGUUCAACUGGGAGUCAGUGGGUGAAAUGCAAUCAGACUUUGGCAAAGAUAAUGAGCUUUGCAUGAGAGCUGUUUGUGCUCUUUACCGACAGCAAACUUGUGACGAACAAGUUGCCAAGAAUACAUUCCACUCCAAUAAACGAGGAUUCAGUCAAUCUCAUGGUUCCAGGGCCUCCAAGAUAGCAGCGUUUCUGAUUGAUUCCAACGGCGAUCUGAGCAAGUCUGUGGAGGAAUUGCGAGCAUAUGAUCCCAAGGCAGUUGACAAGUGCAGAGAUUGGGCGUUGCACUAUGCGAAUCAACUGUUUAACAUUUACAAGAGUGGUGAGGAUCCUUUCUUCCCUCCUGCAGUGGAUAACAAGUAAAGCCAGAGCACGAGCUUUGCCUGCUAGUGACUCGAAGUCUCCUGGAAAGCCUCACCUUCUUAAAGGAAAGUUGUCGCUUAUUUUGUAUGUAAUGCUAUUAGUCUAACUAGCUAAUCGAGGCUCCAACACCUGCUUUGUUUUGGAUAUUAGCAUCUAUGAACUCAUGUAUGAGUUAUGACUGGUCUCCAGUAGGAAACUUAGAACCGAUGAAUGGAAUGUGUAACAGUAUGAUUGUGAAAGCCGUUUAUCUUGAAUAUGGCCAUCUUUCCAUUUAUGUAACGACGUCGUUAUGUUCAUUGAUUCGUCGAAUUAGAGUCUCAGUUCCAGGUUCCAACGUGGCAUUACAUAGUGGGACCCACCUCCCCCACCAUCUUCAGGUCACCGGGUCGACCGUUACUGUUUGUUCUCGGCAGGCGCCACGCAGGCAGUUACAAAAACUCCACUUUUCAUUGGCUCUCGCUUCUUUCCACGUUCAGUCGCAAUUUCAACUACUCUUUGCUCGAAGAAGAAAGCUUCCCGCGAAGCCCUUGUCCCUAGAGGUGGCCAAUCCACGUAAGGCGACGUGAGCAAGUCUGUGGAAGAAUUGCAGGCAUAUAAACCUAAGAAAUUCGAAGCUUUUGACGGAGUCGAUGUAUGCAGACGCUUGGCUAUGAAAUACUCGAACCAGCUGUUCAAUAUUUACAGGAAUAAAGAGGACCGUUUCUGCCCACCUGCCUUGGACAACAAGUAAAGCCUCUGGUGUGAGAUUUUACCUUUUGGUGAUUGUAAGUUUCAAACUCUGGAAACCCUCCCUCUUCUUAGAAGGAACAUCAGUGCUUAUUUGUAUGUAGUCUUAUUAGUCUAGCUAACCUAAUUCAGGCUCCAACACCUGUUUUCUUUUUGGCAAGCAAUGCAUAUAUAACUGGUCUUCCGUAGGAAAACCCGAGCUUCUUUUGUAUGUAGUCCAAUUAGUCUAGGCUGGAUGGACUCAUGAAUAGCUGGUCCUCUGUAGAAAACUCAUGAUCAAUGAAUGGAAUAUGUACAGUAUGA